AUGUCGCGAGUCUUUGCAUGUUCCAGAUGGAGACUACUGAUUGAUAAAGCUCUACGACCUCAUCUGAUCCCAGCAUCAUUACCGACACAGACAUAUUCCACCAUGGCUCCCAAACUACACGGCCGAGCAUUCUACGAGAGCAUCGGCUCACCCAAGCAUGUAAUAGCACCCAUGGUCGAGCAGUCCGAGUUCGCAUGGCGGAUGCUCACGCGCUCGUUCCUACCUCCCGACCAUCGCACCUCCAUCCUGGCAUACUCUCCCAUGCUCCACGCAAAACUGUUCGCAGAAGGUCCGAAAUACCGCGUGAACAGUUUCCAGCCACUCAAGCCGCCGCUUGCGAUAUCGAGUCCGGGCGACAGCGAGCAUGCGAAAAGCUUCACCGAAGACGACGUGUACCUAGACGGCAACCCGCAGAUCGAUCGCCCACUGUUCGUGCAGUUCUGCGCGAACGAGCCGGAUGUGUUCCUACAGGCAGCGAAAUUGGUACAGCCGUACUGUGAUGCGGUGGAUCUGAAUCUAGGCUGUCCGCAGGGUAUAGCGAAGAGAGGGCACUAUGGAGCAUUUUUGCAGGAAGAUUGGGAUCUAAUUUACAAGCUGAUCAACAAACUGCAUAAAGAGCUCGAUAUACCCGUAACAGCAAAGUUCCGGAUUCAAGAGACAAAGGAGAAGACGUUGGAGUAUGCAAAGAUGAUCCUCAGUGCGGGUGCCAGUAUUAUCACGGUUCAUGGCAGGCAGAGGCAUCAGAAGGGGCAUAAUACUGGUUUGGCAGAUUGGACCGUGCUUCGAUAUCUGAGGGAGCAGUUGCCGUCUGAUACAGUCAUGUUCGCGAAUGGUAACAUCCUGCAGUAUGGAGAUCUGCAGAAAUGUCUCAAUGCCACAGGCGCGGAUGCCGUCAUGAGUGCAGAGGGUAAUCUUUACGAUCCAUCGAUAUUUGCUCCACCACCUCCGGUUGGCGCAGAAGGGUGCGAGUAUUGGCGAGGUCAAGAUGGCAAAGGUGGGUAUCGAGCCGACGCUGUACUUAGGAGGUAUUUGGACAUCAUCCAUAAAUAUGUUCUUCGUCAAGAGCCGCCGGUCAGAAAGCCGCUCUUUGUCCCCUCCGAUCCCGUGUCAGAAGAAGAGCAGCAGGAGCCUACGAGAUCGGACGGUCAAAAGCGCGAGCGGGAAGAAGACAACGAGGAGCAUCAGGACUCUUCGGCAAAAAAGCAGAAGCUGGAGAAUGGUAGAAAGAGCAAAAGCCAAAAGAAAGCCGAGAGGGUGAACCAGAAGCAGAAUGGCACUAAGAAGCCCAAGCCGGAGAGGAGCAACGACCCGAACUUCACAGCAAUGCAGCCACAUUGCUUCCACAUCCUUCGGUCGCUAGUGAACGACCAUCAUGAUGUGCGCGACGCACUUGCACGCUCGCGAUCUGGCGAUAUCGAAGCGUACGAGAACGUGCUUGUGCUUACCGAGAGAGCCGUCAAAGUAGGCCUACUUGAUUACGAGAAAGACCCAUCGAAGUACGAGUACCCCGAUCCGGAAGAGCAAGAAGCAACAGAUCCGCAGCUCUCUAGUACGGAAGCUGUACGGAGAUGUAAACGUCCGUUCUGGGUGUGUCAGGCCUAUGUUCGACCUCUACCACAAGAAGCUCUCGAGAAGGGCAGCUUGUCGCUCAGUAAGAAGGAGAAGGCGAAGCUCGAGGCACAGCAAGCUGAGAAGGAGAAGGCCGGUGUGCCUGCCGAGGGGAAGAUUGAGGUCGUUAACGAUCCCGACAGCAAGGCCACCACGGCCAAUGCCAGCGACAUCACGAAAGAGCAGACCGAGAUACCCCGAGAUGGGGUAGUAUGUGGAUGA